GUUCUCUUAAAAAGACCCCUGCUAAUCUUUUGAAAAGUCACUUGGUACCUACCAAGCUACUAUCCUUCAUCGCAAAAUAUCCAAAAUAAACAACUAGACCAACCCACCCACCGCCAACCCCUACUUCUCCCCACCGACGACCGCUUCUUCUAUCACAUCAAUCUCAAAUCGCACAUUAACUGAUUCUCUCCGGAUCUUCAGUUUUUUCUCGAUUUUCUUACUCACGUACAACCCGCAUUUUACAAGUUUACACACCGCUAGAAUCGUCAAGAUGUCGGUCGUUUCCCUGCUCGGCGUCAACAUUUUGAACAACCCAGCCAAGUUCACCGACAACUACGUGUUCGAGAUUACGUUCGAAUGUCUCGAGCAGCUUGAGAAGGAUCUGGAGUGGAAGUUGACCUACGUCGGUUCUGCGACCUCUGACCAGUACGACCAAGAACUUGACUCCCUUCUCGUCGGACCCAUUCCUGUCGGCGUCAACAAGUUCAUCUUCGAGGCGGAUGCUCCUAAGACCACUCGUAUUCCCGAUGCCGACAUCCUCGGUGUCACCGUCGUUCUUCUGACUUGUUCUUACGACGGCCGCGAGUUCGUUCGCGUCGGGUACUAUGUCAACAAUGAAUACGAGUCGGAUGAGCUGAAUGCGGAUCCCCCUGCCAAGCCUAUCGUCGAGAAGAUCCGUCGCAACGUCCUGGCCGACAAGCCUAGAGUUACACGCUUUGCCAUCAAGUGGGAUUCCGAGGCUUCUGCACCUCCCGAGUUUCCUCCCGAGCAGCCAGAGGCAGAUCUCCAACCCGACGACGAGGAGUAUGGAGCCGACGAGCUCGAUGAGGAUGCCGAAGAGGAAGAGGGAGCCGAGGCUGCCGCCGAGAACGCUGGCGAGACUAGUGCCGCCGCUGUUGCAGCCGAUGGAGAUGCUGAGAUGGCAGGCGUCGAGGAGAACGGAGAGCCUGCCGAAGAGGACGAGUUGUCCGACGAGGGUAGCGUCGAUCUAGAGAACGAAAGUGAGGACGAGCUCGAGGAGGAAGCUGAAGGCGAAGCUGCCGAGGGUGGCGACGAUGCUAUGGAGGUCGACGAGAAGCCAGCCGAAUCUGCCAAGCCUCAAGAGGUCAUGGCUCAUUAGACUUAACGUGGUUGCCAGUCGCGCCUAAUUCGAGCAGUUCUUUACGGAUUUAUGAACAUGCAAGGGUGGUAUCCUGCACGAAGUUAUGAAGGGGUUUGGGAUGUAUCGACGGUUGGUGGUUGGCGGUUGGCUAAUGACGGGGGCAUGACUACUUUGCAGUGGAUGGCUGAGCAUUGCUUAUAGACAGUGGCUUCUUGCUAAACACAUACGAAACGAUCAAUUAACGUUGAUUUCCUUA